AUGCGGCGAGCGGCAGACCUCAUCGCACGUGCCAAACGUUUAGUGGUGUUCUCGGGCGCUGGCAUCUCUGCAGAAAGCGGUAUUGCUACCUUUCGUGAUCCAGAGAUGGGGCUGUGGACCUCCAAGAUCGGCCUCGCUUGGUUCGGUACGUUGUCUGACCGCCAGCUCUGUUGA